CACUGUUUCCUGGCUGGUGUUGCAGUUGCUCCUCCUGUCCAGCAGGUGGCAGGCCAGGGAUUUCCAGCAGCGGACAGUGGGCAGCGCUCAGUGAUCCAACAUGUCUGCGCCCUGAAGGAUGCCGCUGACAGCGUGAAGGUGCCGGACAACCCGCAGUGAAUGGAUCUCAGUUGACUCAGAGGCAGAUUUAAAGAUGUCAAAGAUCUCCAAGGCAGCCAAGGCUGUGAAGAGAUUGGACACAGGCGGUAUUAUCCGAGCUAUUGUGAGGUCAGGGCAAGCAUCCCCUGGACCCCCCCUCGGCCCCAUUCUGGGACAGAAAGGAAUCCCCAUCGGACAGUUCUGCAAGGACUUCAAUGAGAAAACCAAGGAGCUGAAGGAGGGCAUCCCUCUCCCUGUCAAGAUCCAUGUGAAGCCUGACAGAACGUACGACCUGAAGAUCGGCCAACCCACGGUGUCUUACUUCCUCAAGCAGGCAGCGGGCAUCGCGAAAGGGGCCGGCAAGACAGGUCAUGAAACAGCCGGGAUGGUGUCGUUAAGGGCGGUGUAUGAGAUUGCCCAGGUGAAAGCCGAGGAUGACUGCUUCAAAACCAGGAACUCCUCCCUGGAACACGUCGUCAAAUGUAUCAUCGGCUCAGCUCGAUCACUCGGCAUCAAGAUUGUCAAAGAUCUCUCAGCUGAUGAGUACAAACUCUUCUUGGAGCAGAGGGAGGAGAAAUUGAAAACCGAUGCAGCCGAAGCCGCAGCCGCAGCCGAAGCCCUGAUGAGUAAAAAGAAAUGAAGAGCUGCAACAUCCAAUACUGACGCCCAGCACCCAUUCCUGUUUUUAUUUAUCUUUAUAUAUAUGUACUGCAUUCGUACGAGAACAAUGUUAGUAUCAUGUAUGUCAGAUCUCAAUAAAGAGUCAUCUGUUAUGCGA